AUGUACACCGAGCUUUGUGUUGCACUUGGAGUUGUUAUUGCUACCCUUCUUUACUUUUUAAGAACAAAACCAAUGGACCAAACACUGUUUGGGUAUUGGACGGGAAAGGCUGAAAAGGGAGAAUCAAGAAUUAGAAGAACUGCAAGUGGAAAAGACGAACUGAUUGACAGACCAGACCAAGGCUUUCUUUCACUUUAUGAACUGCUCCAAAGCUUCCCUACAAAGGGCAAAAAGGAAUUUGUGGGAUACAGAACUUGUCUUGAAAAAGUCCCCGCUAAGACUGUCGCAACGACAGAGAAUGGAAAGACGAUAAAUAAGACGAUAUUCAAUUAUAAGAUGAGUGACUAUAAGUACCUCUCCGAUAAGGAAUACUACAACUAUAUUAAACAAGUCUCAUUUGGGCUAAAGGAACUUGGGUUUAAAAAGGGAGACAAGAUUGGAAUAUACUGCGAAACACGAUAUGAAUGGCUUGCUUUUGUCUUUGCUUGCUCAUGCAGAGGAAUCACUGUUGUGACUGUGUAUGCGACACUUGGUGGAGAUUCCGUGAAUACAGCACUGGAAGAGACUGGAGUGUGUGCUCUUUUAAUAUCUGAAGAGACUUUUGAUAAGGUGAAACACCUCAAAAUAUUUGAGAAAGGAAUCAAGCUGAUAUCAUGUGAUGAUAUUUCAGAACACGACUUGAACCAGAAAACAAAAGAAAAGACUGAAAAGGAAUUUUUGAUGGACUACUGGAACAAACACUCAUUUACUACUUUGAGUAAAAUUAUUGAGUUGACAAAAGAAAGUUGGACUAUCAACGCAGAAGGUGUUGUUGAAAGUACUAUAACGGACGACCCACCCAAGCCCGAAGAUGUUGCUAUGAUCAUUUACACGUCAGGAACUGCUAAAGAACCAAAAGGUGUUGUGGCUCUUCAUAAAAAUUUGUUGCCAAUCACAUGGAGUUAUUACCAUAAAAUGGGAUACAACUCGACAACACGUUACAUCUGUUAUUUGCCUUUGGCUCAUAUCUUUGAAUUAGCUGUUGAGUUGUGUAAUUUGGUAUACAGUGGAACAAUUGGAUAUUCAUCGCAAAGAACAUUGACACAAGCAUACAUGCAUAACUCCAAAUGUGAUUUACACGCAUUUAACCCAACUUUCAUGAACGGUGUGCCUUUGGUGUUCAAUAGAAUCAAAAAAAUUCUUGUUGAUAAGGUAGAUCACUCACCAACUGUCCAACGCCUACUCUUCAAUUUGUGUUUUUAUAUCAAAAGGGAGUUAUACGUCAAAAUGCAAAUGCGCCCAAGACUUCUGUUUUAUCCCCUCAUCAAACUGACUGAUAUUUUAGUCUUCAAUGGUAUCAAGAAAACACUCUUUGGUACAUCACUGACUGGUAUCAUUAUGGGAGGAUCCCCACUCUCACAAGACUUGCAAGAGUUCCUUCAAGUAGUCCUUGGUGGAGUGGAUAUCAUGCAAGGGUAUGGAUUGACUGAAGCUUGCGGCCCCGUUGCUAAUAUGCCACAUGGGGAUUAUGCGUAUGCAACUAUUGGAGCGCUUUACCCGAACUUUGAGGCGAAAUUAGUAGGAGUAGAAGAGAUGGGAUAUUCAGUUGAUGGCAAAAUCCCACAAGGUGAACUUCUGAUUCGAGGUCCAUCACUGUUCAAAGAAUACUUCAACAGACCAGAAGAAACACAAAUGGCAAUCACUACAGAUGGGUGGUUUAAAACAGGCGACAUCGCAGAAAUCAGAGAAGAUGGACGAAUCAGAAUCAUCGAUCGAAAGAAGAACUUGGUCAAACAACCCUGUGGCGAAUACGUCUCUCUCGAAAAACUCGAAAUGGUUUACAGCGCAGCCAAAGAGGUGGAAAGCUUUUUCGCGAUAGCAAGUGGGUUAUACGACUUCACUGUAGGUCUUGUUAAAGUGCAGAAAACUGUGUUGUUGGAUUUUUGCAAAGAGAAUAACAUGAGUGAGAAGGAAGCUAUUGAUAGUCCAGUUUUUGAGAAAUACGUGCUUGGGAGGCUCAGAGUUGUCGACAAAGAACUUAACAGUAGAGAGAAGGUAAAAUACAUUAAAGUUAUAGAAGAAGAGUGGUCACCAGAGACUGGAGAAUUAACAGCUGCACUUAAGUUUAAGCGAAAUUUCAUAGCAAGCAAAUACAAGAGUACCAUAGAUAAGUUAUUUGCGGAGUGCUGUUGUUUUUUUAAUAAUUACAAUAUCUAUAUAUUUAUAAAACAAAUAAUUUAA